AUGCAAUCGGGCGGUUACAACGGCGGAAGAGGCAGCGGCGUUCCUGACUUCUACCCAAACGGGCGAUCCAUCUCCAUCGCCGCAGCCAUGAACGGCCACAACCCAUCUCAGAACAAUCCCUUCCACCGAUCCCAGCUCCCCGGCCUGUUCCUCGACCCCACCGCAUCCCAUAUCGCUCGCCAAACACAAUUCCAACCCCAAACCCAAAACCCAGCAGCCGGUCUCAUUGGAAAGCGGACGCUCGCGGAGUUCCAAGCCCAGCAGCAGAACCACUACAACCCCCACCAGAAUCCGAGCCAAAAUCUCUAUCUCCGCUCCCUCAAGGCCAGAAGUUUCCAGCACUCCUCUCCGAUUUCGCCGUUAUCUCCGAUAGACUUCUCAUCUGGGUCAUCACUUUCAGGCUCCGAGUCUUCGUUUUCGUCCACCUCGAUUUUGCCUCAUCAGCGAUUCGGGUUGCCUAUGCUUCAGCAGCUCCGCCCUCAGCCCAUUAACCAGCCAGCACCACAGGCGAUGUCGUAUGUUAACAAUCUGGUUCCCAACAAUCCGGUUCAGACCCGAGGUGUGGACUCCGAGAAGAUGUUUAGCAACAGGCUGCAAGAGUUGGAGAAACAGCUUCUCGACGAUAACGACGAGGACGACGAAGGCGACGCUGUUUCUGUCAUUACCAAAACCAACAGCGAGUGGUCCGAGACGAUACAGAAUCUGAUGGGUACGGCAGCUCCGAGUCAGAACCAGAAGCCCGUUUCGCCGUCGCCUACUUCGUCGUCGUCUUCCUCGUCCUCCGUGGCGUCUCCUGCUACCUCCACGUGUUCCAAGCAGUCACUCAUGGAAGCCGCGACGGCUAUUUCUGAUGGGAAAUCUGAGGCCGCUAUGGAGAUCCUCACCCGGAUGAAUUCGACCCAGGUCGCGAAUCCUAGACCCAGUUCAGAACAAAGGCUUCUGGAGUUCAUGGGUUUAGCUUUGAAGUCUCGGGUCAACCCGAUUGAUAACCCGGCUCCGAUAGCGGAGCUUUUUAGGCAGGAGCAUACCGGGUCGACUCAGUCGCUUUACGAGUUAUCUCCGUGUUUCAGACUCGGAUUUAUGGCCGCUAACCUCGCAAUCCUAGAAGCGACCAUGACGGACCAAUCAGCGACCAGUAAGGUUCAUGUGAUUGACUUCGACAUAGGGCAGGGUGGUCAGUACGUGCUUCUUUUCCACGCGCUCGUCGCGCGUCAGAAUGUCAGGCCCGCUGUCGUGAAGAUCACCACCGUCGCUGAUAAUGGCGGGGAGGAGAGGCUGAGAAUGGUCCAUCAGAAACUGAGUCAAGACGCCCAGCGACUCGGGGUCCGUCUGGAAUUCAACGUAGUGAGCCAGAAAAUCGGCGACCUGAACCGGGAAUCGCUGGGUUGCGAACCGGACGAGCCGAUCGCCGUGAAUUUCGCUUUCAAACUGUACAGCAUGCCCGACGAGAGCGUGUCAAUGGACAACCCCCGCGACGAGCUCCUGCGGCGCGUGAAGGGACUGGCGCCGCGUGUGGUGACGCUGGUCGAGCAGGAGCUCAACACCAACACCGCGCCCUUCAUGGCGCGCGUAAACGAGUGCUGCGCGUACUACGGAGCCCUGCUGGAGUCGAUCGAGGCGACGGUGCCGAGGGAGAACCCGGAGCGAGUCAAGGUGGAGGAGGCGCUGAGUCGGAAGGUAGCGAACUCGGUUGCUUGCGAAGGUAGGGAUCGCGUGGAAAGGUGUGAAGUGUUUGGGAAGUGGCGGGCCCGCAUGGGGAUGGCGGGGUUCGAGUUGAGGCCCAUGGGACCAAACAUGAUCGAGUCGUUGAAGAAUCGACUGGGUUCGGGAAACCGAGUCAACUCGGCGUUCACGGUUAAAGAAGAGAAUGGAGGUGUUUGCUUUGGUUGGAUAAGCCGCACUCUCACCGUCGCAUCCGCUUGGCGUUAACUUCACUCAUUUUUCUUUUAUUUUUUUAUUUUUGUUUUUAUUUAAUUUUAAUUUCUGGCUAAUUGUUAUAAAAAAUACUUUAUUUUCUGAUUAUUAUGUAGGCUUUCCUGAGAAAAUGGAAAGGGGAAAAAUGCUGCCAAAAGGAGAAAAAGGCCCCACCAAAACGAAAAUCAAAUAAAAAUUUGAGGAGUGUUUGGAUUCCAUGAAAA